UGUGCGGGUCCCUAGGAUAUCCGAGCCCCGGCGUCCCCUCCCUCUCUCUCCCCACCUCCAUCGUGGACUGCAAGAACCUUCUCCCAGGGCACACGUCGGGACGAAUUUGCUUGUUAUAUUAUACUUUUUAUCUCCUCAGUUGCUCUGUGUUCCUCGCGGUUCUCCCUCCCAAAACGACCUCUCUCCUAAACAAGAAAUUGCUCCUUCUAGGUGCUUCACUCAGAGAUGACUUAUUUUCCUGUCCCAGGGACGAUAGGAUAGAAUUUUAGUUGAGCAUGGCUGUUUUUUUUUUUUUUUAAAGCGCUUUGAUAAACCGAACUGUGGUGAUGGGUGUUGGAAAAAGGGCAAAGAACUUGGGCCGAAAGCUCAGUGGGACCGGGGAGGAGAGCGAACGAGGGAGCGCGCGAGCAGCGGGGCUCCCGGGCCGCCCAGGUCAGGCGACGCGCGCCGGAGAUCUCCUCACCCGGGAGGUGAGGAGGUGCGGGCUUUGCGGGUCGCGCUUCGUCGUCGCUACCUGAACCGCGCAACCGUGCUGGAGGGAAGUCAGCCCAAUAGUGGACCAAACACACCGGUAAUGAGAAGUGGCGAGUCGAUACACACGGUUUCAGUAUCCCCAGGCGCCGUAACAAUAAGCAGAGGGUUAGGGAGGAAGUCGGUUUCCUCCGUGGCGUUUGCGGGCUGCGGACCCCGCGCGCCCGGCGGCCGCGCACCCGCUAGGACACCGGGGGGCUAGGGAGACCCGCGGGCAGGGGCAGAGAGCCGCCUGAUUGACAGCCCGAAAUCUGAUCUUGUGAAAGAGACGCGGAGCCAAUGGGAGGCAGCGAUCCAUCAGUUUGGAUUGGAGGCCCCUGGAGGAGAAGUAGAGGAAAAACCACCGAAUUGAGCUCUGUCAGAGGCGCUUUCGGCUUCCAAGGGGGAAGUGCUGGGCGAUAAUUAAUGUUUUUAUUAAAUUUGGAGGGAAUUUUUUGCAGCCGUUCGCCUAGCGUGGCCUUCAGGUUGAUAGAAGUCCAGAUCCCGAGGAAAUCUCCAGCUAAAUGCUCAAAAUAUAAAAUUCUGAGCUGAGAUUUGCGAAGAGCAGCAGAAUGGAUGGAUUUUAUGACCAGCAAGUGCCUUACAUGGUCACCAAUAGUCAGCGUGGGAGAAAUUGUAACGAGAAACCAACAAAUGUCAGGAAAAGAAAAUUCAUUAACAGAGAUCUGGCUCAUGAUUCAGAAGAACUCUUUCAAGAUCUAAGUCAAUUACAAGAAACAUGGCUUGCAGAAGCUCAGGUACCUGACAAUGAUGAGCAGUUUGUGCCAGACUAUCAGGCUGAAAGUUUGGCUUUUCAUGGCCUACCACUGAAAAUCAAGAAGGAACCCCACAGUCCAUGUUCAGAACUCGGCUCUGCCUGCAGUCAAGAACAGCCCUUUAAAUUCAGCUAUGGAGAAAAGUGCCUGUACAAUGUCAGUGCCUAUGAUCAGAAGCCACAGGUGGGAAUGAGGCCCUCCAACCCCCCCACACCAUCCAGCACUCCAGUGUCUCCGCUACAUCAUGCAUCUCCAAACUCAACUCACACUCCGAAACCUGACCGGGCCUUCCCAGCUCACCUCCCCCCAUCGCAGUCCAUACCAGACAGCAGCUACCCCAUGGACCACAGAUUUCGCCGCCAGCUUUCUGAACCUUGUAAUUCCUUUCCUCCUUUGCCGACGAUGCCAAGGGAAGGACGUCCUAUGUACCAACGCCAGAUGUCUGAGCCAAACAUCCCCUUCCCACCACAAGGCUUUAAGCAGGAGUACCACGACCCCGUGUAUGAACACAACACCAUGGUUGGCGGUGCCACCAGUCAAAGCUUCCCCCCUCCUCUGAUGAUUAAACAGGAACCCAGAGAUUUUGCAUAUGAUUCAGAAGUGCCUAGCUGCCACUCCAUUUAUAUGAGGCAAGAAGGCUUCCUGGCUCAUCCCAGCAGAACAGAAGUUAAGUUUUCCAUCACUGAAAUUCCUUGCUGUAUGUUUGAAAAGGGCCCGAGGCAGUUUUAUGAUGAUACCUGUGUUGUCCCAGAAAAAUUCGAUGGGGACAUCAAACAAGAACCAGGAAUGUACCGGGAAGGACCCACGUACCAGCGGCGGGGAUCGCUUCAGCUCUGGCAGUUUUUGGUAGCUCUUCUGGAUGACCCUUCAAAUUCUCAUUUCAUUGCCUGGACUGGCCGAGGAAUGGAAUUUAAAUUGAUUGAGCCUGAAGAGGUGGCCCGGCGUUGGGGCAUUCAGAAAAACAGGCCAGCUAUGAACUAUGAUAAACUCAGCCGUUCACUCCGCUAUUACUAUGAGAAGGGAAUUAUGCAAAAGGUGGCUGGAGAGAGAUAUGUCUACAAAUUCGUAUGUGAUCCAGAAGCUCUUUUCUCCAUGGCCUUUCCAGAUAAUCAGCGCCCACUGCUGAAGACGGACAUGGAACGUCACAUCAACGAGGAGGACACGGUGCCUCUGUCUCACUUUGAUGAGAGCAUGGCCUACAUGCCGGAAGGGGGCUGCUGCAACCCCCACCCCUACAACGAAGGCUACGUGUAUUAACACAAGUGACAGUCAAGCAGGGCGUCCCCCGGGCUUUCCCUUUUUCUGCAAGAUACAGAGAAUUGCUGAAUUCUCUUCAGUCUUUGUUUUAUUUUUGUUGUCUGUAUUUUAUUUUUAAAUAAUAAUACACAAAAAGGGGCUUUUCCUGUUGCAUUAUUCUAUGGUCUGCCAUGGACUGCGCACUUUAUUUGAGGGUGGGUGGGAAUAACCUAAACAUUUAUUCUGUGUAACAGGAAGAUAAUGGGUGAAUGGGCAGAGGGAUUUAGGGAUUACUUUUUACUUAGGCUUGGGAUGGGGUCCUACAGGUUUUAAGUAUGAUGAAGCUAUAUCAUGUCUAUUUGAUUUCGUAACAACAUAAGACAAUGUUUAUUUUCUCUGGGUAUCUAUGGUACAGUUAAUUUCACAUUGUGUAAAUAUCUGCUGCUUGGAGACUAUUUGCCUUGGGCAUUUUCCCCCAUCGUUUCUGAGUCUCUGCAGGUGUACAAAGAAAACCCAAUCUACUGUAAAUGGCAGUUUAAUUGUUAGAAAUGACUGUUUUUGCACCUCUUGUAAAAAGGUAUUUAGCGAUUGCAUUUGCCAUUUUUUGUUUGUUUGUUUUAUUUUGUUUUGCUUUAUAUAUGACUCACAGAGGAUAACCAUAAAAUGGGUAUUUCUCUCUGAAGUUGAAUAAUCACCAUGACUGUAAAUGAGGGGCACAAUUUUGGACUCUGGCUCCAAACUGAGUCACAGGCCAGUAGCAUUAUAUGUAUCUGGUGCCACCUUGCUGUUUAGAUACAAAUCAUACUGUCUUUUAAGUAUUUUGAAGCCCAUUUCAGUUAAAUAAUGACAUGUCAUGGUCCUUAGGAAUAUUCACUUAAACGUUAAAUCUGGGAUCACAAUGAAGCAAAAAAUAUCUGUCUCCUUUUCACUUCCUUCAGUACAUAAAUACAUUAUUUAAUCAAUAAGAAUUAACUGUACUAAAUCACAUAUUAUGCUGUCCUAGUUACAGCAAGCACUCUUUAAGAAAAAUAUCCAAUACACUAAAUAGGUACUAUAGUAAUUUUUAGACAUGGUACCCAUUGAUAUGCAUUUAAACCUUUUACUGCUGUGUUAUGUUGAUAACAUAUAUAAAUAUUAGAUAAUGCUAAUGCUUCUGCUGCUGUCUUUUCUGUAAUAUUCUCUUUCAUGCUGAAUUUACUAUGACCAUUUAUAAGCAAUGCAGUUAACUACAGAUAGCAUUUCAGGACAAAAUAGAUGACUCGAACCAUUUAUUGCUUAAAAAAUAGCUUAUGCCAUGCUAUGCUCUAAACAGCUUUUAUGCACAUUGACAAAUGAAGAGUAAGCUUCAGCUUGCUAAGGGAAACUGUGGAAACUUUUGUAACUUUUGGUGAAAUGGAAAAUUAUUUACAAACUGUCAAAGAAUUUGAGGAAGUUGCUGUAUGACAUAGUGCUGGCACUGAUACUAUCCAACAUCUCGUUUUGGACACUCCUGUAAAUGUGAUUGGAUUGUUUGAAAGAAGAUUUAAAGUUUCAAAGUUUUUUUUGUUUUGUUUUUGUUUUGCAUAUGGAGAAAAUAUUGAAAGCAGGAUAUGUUGUUCUAUUCACUUUGAAAAAACCAUAAUUAAAUGGCAUUAUAGUAUCUAAAUAGCUCGUUAAAAGAUUCAAGCCAAGCAAGGAACAUGAGUUUUGUUCAAUCUGUCAAUAUCCUAGAGAAACAACCUUUUUUUAAGAGUCUAGCAAAAUGUUUCUAAAAAUCCUAAACAUAAAGCCAAAAUAAACCUAUAAAAGGAUUUCAUGAUGAGCACAGGAAAGAUUUCUUAAAGAUGAUCCCCCGCAGCUACCCAUUUUCCAAGACUACACAGGUCACAGCUCAUUUCUCUAAAUUGAACAGUUAUUGAAAAAUCCAUAAACCAAAAUCAAUACUUAUUCACAUUUAAUCCUACAAUCAAAACAUACUCUAAUUUCAAGAUAUGUGUGUAACCUGUGAUUUCAAUGAUUGUUCUACAUAUAUGUCAUAUAUAAUUUGGCCCUUUAUGGCCUAAUAAGUAUGCCUUAAAAAUCAGAACUUUUUCCCCCACUAUGCUCAUGUGGCCAUUUACAGCACUUAGAAUAAAAACAGAUGUUAAAAUAUUGAGUAAAAGUUUUAUUGGAAAGAGAAUUGAGAUAUAUGAUUAUUUGGUAACAUUGAAGGAGAAAUUUUAAUUGGGUCUUUAAAAUGUGUUCUAAAUGAAAACUGUAUUGAGGAUUUUUCUUUCUUUCUUUUUAGGUCUUUUUUCUUUUUUUUCUUUUUUCUUUUUCUUUUCUUCUUUUAAAUAUUCAGUCAGUGAGGAAUAAUUGGGCCAUGAGUUACCUUAAUAGAUCAAAGGCAGAAAUUGUACUAACUGUAUAAUGUUUAAAGACAAACUAUAUGUUUUGCUGUUUAAGGUAGUGACUCACUGAACUAAAUAAGUAAUUGGCCAACAUCAAGUAUAUUUCCAAUACAGAAGGGUUCAGAAUAUUGCAUUAUAAACUCUUGACAAAUGUAUCUGAAGUUUUUUUUUUUUUUUUAAUUCUGUUUUUAUUCCACUUUUUGUUUGGUUGUAUUUUUAUGUUUUUAUUUUCAGGUAGAUUAAUAAAUCUGGCAGCUGAUUUCUGCAAGAUUCUUGUGUUUUGAAUUUCUAAAUGAAUUGGAUCCUCGAACUUAGAAAUAAUUCAUUAAUGAUAUGUCUUCUUUCAACUUGGUAAAAGAAACUAAAAGAAAUAUCUCCAGUCCUGUUUGCUGCCUCUGGGUGAUGAUUUACUAAUACCCAAUAGAUCAAUUAUAGCAAAGAAUGUUACAUCCCAAAUAACUAGUGAAAAAUGGUUUUUCUUAAGUUAUAGCUAUAAAUGCUUCAAAAUAAAAAUCCCCAAAGCUGACAGUACAGAUUUUUCUCAAAUCAUAGAAGGAUUUUGGAGAUCUAGUUUCCUAUAGAUGCUAUAACAGAUUACCACAACUUCAGUAACUUGAAACAACACAAAUCUGUCUUCUUAGAGUUCUGGAGGUCAGAAGUCCAAAAUGAGUCAUAAGGGGCUAAAACUAAGUUGUCCAUAGGUCUGGUUUCUUCUGGAGGCUCCAGGGGAGAGUCUUGCUUCCUCCACUUCUGGAGGCUACCAGCAUCCCCUGGUUCCUGGCUUCACUUCAAUCUCUGCUUCCAUGUUCACAACUGCCUCUCCUCUUGGACAGUCAGAUCUCCCUCUGCCAGCCUCCUGUAAGGACACCUGUGGUUACAUUUAGGUUAUAUUCAAAUAACCUGGGAUAGUCCCCCCCCCCUCAAGAUCCCUAAUUGAAUCACAUGUGACACAGCCCUUUUGACAGAUAAAUUAUUCACAGGUUACCAGGAUUAGGACAUGAAUAUGGGGAGGAGGGUUUGGAGGAUGGCAGGCUGUUACUCAGACUGCCACACAAAUGAAGUCAUUAUGUAGCAAAAAUACUAAUUGAUUUACCCAUGGACAGGAAAGUUCUAUUGAGGGAGCUAGGACUAGAAAAUAGAGAAAUGUUUUUGUUUACCACAGAUAUCCUCCCCUUAUUCUGCGUAGUUUGAAAGCUUGCUGUAUUAAGGUUCAUCUAUCCCACUAAAGCAUCUGGUAAUCACAUCAAGCCUUUAGAUUAUUUAAAUCCUUCUUCCACCCUCAGAUGAAUACUGUAUAAUGAGGGGGGAAAAUAAGGUGUCAUAAUAACAGAAUAAUAGAACAGUUAAAUUUGUGGUCGAAGCCAGAUUAUAUUUUUUUAAUAAAUUCCCUUUGGUGUUAGGAUGAGUCGUUACUAUGCGAUCUUAACAUUUGCAGGUGAUUAUUUUUUAUUAGGUAAGAACAAUAUUAUUUAGGAUAUGUCUCUGUUACUCAAAAGAAUGAUUCUAAAAAUGAGUCAACUUAUCUUUAUAUGACAAGGAAAAAAAUAUAUUGCCUGAUGUUAUGUUAAAAUAGUAUUUGGCCAGAUCAUAGGAGUUUCUGAAGUGAGACACCUUAUCUAUCAUGCAGUCUUUUAGAGCUUAUAAUGAGAAAACAUUACAGAGAAAAAGGCCAUUUACAUGUUUAUUACUUGGAAUUGUAAAAGAGAAAAACUAAAACUUAAAUACAAGAAAUGAGUGAGCUAUUUUCCAGUCGCAAUUUGGUAUGGAGAAGAGAGAAAGUUAUAAAAAAAACAUAUAAUUUGGGUGAAAAUAAUGGUGGGAAGAAAUUAAAGAAGGCAGAUGUACAUAUGAAGCAUUUAUGAUAAGAAGUAUAUAAAAGCCAGGUUUCAAAAAAUAUUAGUGUUGAACAUGAUACUAAAAAAUUUGACCCAAUUUAUUCAGAACUCAACUAGUACUUUUAGAGCUUGAUUUUUUUUUAAUAUAAGACUCACUUAGAAAAACAUAUUUAAAAAACAGUUUAUGGAAAAGUAUAGUUUAAGAAGAAUAUUUGAUUAGACUAGUGGAUGCCUUUGUAGAAAUAUCUAUGAUUUUAGAAUGUUCAAUUAGAAGUGUAUAUACAAUGGUUAUGGUUUAUGAAUUCAUAUGUAAGGGAGGUUCUUUUGCAUAUAGAGUCUAAUAUUAUUUAAUUCCAUACUAAAAUUAUAUUUAUGUUUCCAAGGGGAAGAAAGUUUUAAUUCACUUGGUUGUAUUAAAAUUAUACUUACAGUUUGAGAAAACAUGCUAUGAAAAUCAUGUGAUUAUAGCAAAUUAAAAAUGCUCAAAAUUUAAACCUAAAAUAAAAGCCCAGAAGUUGAAAA